AUGUUCCCAACCAGGAGGGGCGAGAAGAGUCCUCACCCUAUCCACAGCGACAGAGAGAGAGACUCUCUCUCUUGCUCCCUUGAGGCAUCGUUUGCGAGGUCUGCAAUCCCCUCUUCGUCGUAUCGCGGAAUUGCUCCGGAGGUGAUCCACGAGCUCGCCGGAGGUUUUUUCCACUGGUUGCGUGACAUCGACAGCUUUCCAAUGUCGUCAGCGGCGUCCAUUUCCGCUGUCACUGCAAGUUUUUCGACGCUAUUAUGCCAGAAGUCGCAUUCUGGUUCUAAUUCUGCUGCGAGGUCGAUGACUGUGGCGUUGCCGGCGUUCCAUGGCCUCAAAGUGAGCUUUCCUUCAGGGGCUCCCUCUGCAGACCUUCGUUCCUGUGUCGCGGCGCAAUGUGCUGCUGCUUCGUCGGGUUCUUCUUCCUCGUCCUCCGGGGGUGUUGUGUCCAUGGGAUGCUUGGAAGCCGGCGUGGGCAUGAUGGGCACUAAGAUGGGCAUGAUGACAGUGUUCACGGAAGACGGCAAGGCCGUUCCAUGCACCGUUGUUGGUUUUCACGAAGGGAACAUUGUCACCCAGGUGAAGUCGGACGCGACCGACGGCUACACGGCUGUGCAAGUUGGCUACCGGAGAGUUAGGGACCGCAAAUUGACGAAGCCGCAGCUGGGGCACUUGAACAAGGUGGGCGCCAUCCCCAUGCGUCAUUUGCAGGAGUUCAGGGUGGUCUCUGCAGAGGGUUACGAGCCCAACCAGGUGCUCCAACUGGAGGAGAUUUUCAAGGAAGGCGACUUGAUCGAUGUCGUUGGUAACAGCAUUGGAAAGGGUUUUCAAGGUGGUAUUAAGAGGUACAAUUUCGCCAGAGGUCAGAUGACUCACGGUUCCAAGUCUAAGAGGCAGCUUGGUUCCAUUGGAGCUGGAACAACGCCCGGAAGAGUUUAUCCUGGAAAGAAGAUGCCUGGUCAAAUGGGAAGCGGCAGAGCCAAGAUUCGCAAGUUGGAAAUUGUGAAGGUCGACCCUGAGCUCCGCGCUCUCCUCAUCAAGGGUUCGGUACCCGGAAAGCCAGGCAACCUCCUCAGAAUCACACCAGCAAAGAUAGUGGGCAAGAACAUCCCCAAGAAUUAGGUCUUCAGGUUUACUCUUGUCGUAGGUCAUUUGCUACUUCUUAUCUUUUUGGAGGAGUACGCUAUGUUACUGCCCGCAGUUAAUGCAUUAGCCGAUAAUCAACUUGUAAAGUUAGAUGCACGAGAAAGAUUGUGGAAUUCAAUCAUUGUGGCAACCAUCCAUGUAGGGGUCAUUUUUUUGACGCAGCCAUAUUGUGUGAAUGUUCUAUACUUGCGGCUUCUAUGUCUUAUUCCUGAAACCUGCUAUCUAGAGUAAGGGUGGGUUAUUAAAUGUAUGUAAGCUUACAGAGUUCACAGAA